CGUCACAGCCUAUUGUUAGCGGGGGCGCGCGGCGCGUGCAGGGAGAAUCACUGGAGUAACGAACGCGCGAGCCCACGGUCGCGUUAUCAGAACCUCACGAGCUCAACGGCUGAACCGGAUCGGUGUGACUAAGGAGGAUUUGCUUCGCUGCCAUCAUGUGUGCACCGUGUUGUUUGUCUCAGCUGGCCUGCUGCUGUGGAUCGGCGGCCUGCUCCCUGUGCUGCGGCUGCUGUCCCAAGAUCAAACAGUCCACCUCCACGCGCUUCAUGUACGCCCUCUUCUUCAUGUUGUUCACGGUGACCUGUGUCAUCAUGAUGUCCCCUACUGUGGAGGCGGCAAUGAGAGAACAUAUUCCUUUCUACACUGAAAUGUGUAAUAAGCUGAAUGCGGGGGAGAACUGCAGUACUCUCGUGGGCUAUUCGGCCGUGUAUAAAGUCUGUUUCGGCAUGGCCUGCUUUUUCUUCUUAUUCUCUGUGUUCACUAUUCGUGUGCGAACCAGCACAGGAUGCCGGGCAGCUGUUCACAACGGGUUUUGGUUCUUUAAGUUUGUGGCUUUGCUGGCCUGCUGCGCAGGCGGAUUUUUUCUCCCAAAUCAAGAAAAGUUUCUAGAAGUCUGGCGUUAUGUGGGGGCUGCUGGAGGUUUUCUUUUCAUCAUCAUCCAGUUGAUGCUUCUCGUUCAGUUUGCCCACAGAUGGAAUCAAAACUGGAGCUCAGGAGUCAAGUAUAAUAAAAUCUGGUAUGCAGCGCUGGCUCUGGUCACUCUGGUGCUGUUCUCUGUGGCAGUGGGAGCCUUGGUGUUUAUGAUCAUGUUCUACACGGACCCAGAGGCCUGCUUCUUCAACAAGCUCUUCCUGGGUGUCAACGGCGGCCUGUGCUUCAUCGUGUCUCUGCUGGCUAUCUCGCCCUGCAUUCAGACCUUCCAGCCCACCUCAGGUCUGCUUCAGUCCGCGGUCAUCUCCGUCUACGUCAUGUACCUCACCUUCUCGGCACUCGCCAGCAAGCCCGUUGAAAUGGUGGAGCGAAACGGGAAAAAUGUCACCGUCUGCGUCUUUCCUUACAAAUCAGGACUGCAGAGCGACAAGAACAUAGUGACGGGCGUUGGAACGGUCAUACUGUUUGGCUGUAUACUCUAUUCUUGUUUGAUCUCUACCACCAAGAGGAGCUCAACGGCUUUGCAGGUGUACAGGAACGAUAUGCCUGAAAACGAGAGAGCACGCUGCUGCUUCUGCUGUGUAGACGAUACGGAGGACUAUGAUGAUGAGAAGAUUGCUGGAGGGCAGAAUGUGAAAUAUGAUGAGAGAGACGGCACAAUCUACAGCUACUGCUAUUUCCAUUUUGUUUUCUUUCUCGGCUCUCUCUACGUCAUGAUGACUGUAACAAACUGGUUUAAUUAUGAGAACGCAAAGAUCGAGAGGCUGCUGGAGGGGAGCUGGUCAGUGUUCUGGAUCAAGAUGGCAUCCUGCUGGGUCUGUUUAUUCCUGUACAUGUGGACCCUGGUGGUCCCUAUGCUCUUCCCAAAGAGAUUCCAAGCCUAGAAACCCUUCACACAGGAUCCAGUAUCACCACUGUCCACUUCAAACUACUGCGUGUGUGUGUGUGUGUGUGAUUGUGUGAAAGAGUGCUUUUGUUUGUUUUAAUAGUUUUAGUAUAGUAAUGGCUUUUGAUUUCUCAGAAGCCGAUUAUGUCUUUAAAUAAGUUUUCAUGGAAAUCUGUUAGAGAAAUCACGCUACGGCUACUCCCAUGCUGAUGUAGGGCUCUUGUUUUCCUCAUAACAUGAAGGUAUAAAGAUGAAGCAUUGCUCAGGCUCACAAAUCACCUGUAAGUGUCUUGCUUGUUACGCUUUUAUUUUAUUUGGUAGCUGAAGAAUUCUAUGCAACUCAACAAACCAUCUGUGAUUUUUUUUUUUUUUUUUUUUUUCAUUCGUUCGUUUCUUCUCGAAAGGUCUUCAAGCGUGUUUUGUAGUAGUAUUUCACUUUAAGGGUGUUUCACUAAGGCAACAAGACUUCCUAUUUGAGUAAAUGUACAUAUUUAUUUAAUUGAUCUCUUUUUUCUUUAGUUAGGAGAGCGCUGCCUUGCAAAACCACAACACUACACCACCAGUUGCACUCAUGGAAACAUGAUCAAAACCAGCUAAGAAACGACUGUGCAAAAUUAUCCCUUGUACAUAUAUGUGAAUAAAUGUACUCACAUGAGAUGUCACGUUACUGCAUUUAUUGAAGCACCCUAAUAAUUCCUUAUGAAACAACACCAAAACAAUAUUUCCAAAUAUGUCCGCAACAUUCCUUCGCGAGUUUCCUGUCUUUCGGCUCCAUCAAAAAAUCUCAGGUAGUGAUUAAUUCCACGUGCUGUUUCCUGUGAAUCACCGUUUUAAGGAAAGCAUGCGACUGCCAUUCCCAGUAAAUGUUUUUAUGAUGAUUUGGACCGGACGGGCAAAGCCAAGGCCACACCGUUAUGCCCCAAAACCCCAAACUGCCACACAAAUUGUUACAUGGCCAACAGCAACACUGAAGCUAUAGAUUUUUCUUAUUUUUUUCGAUUUUCGUUACAAUUUAAAUGGUGCUUUAGAACAUGGAUGUCCUAUAAUAUUUUAUUCCAGCUCAUGCACUAGACUUGCAAGCAUGUCAUUUGUCAAAAAAUGAGUUUGUACGAUCUUUUAUACUUAAAACGCAUUGUUACAGCUAUUCUAUUUAAUCUUGAAGAGGUUUUUGUUGCUAUAAGUGCAUGUUUGUGUUUCUUGUUUGUGGUAUUCAGUUUAAGUUUACAGGAGAUGCACGUAUUAGACUUAAUGCAGCGCUUCUGAUGCUCCCUGGUAAAAAAAAAAAAUAAUAAUAAUAAAGUGUUGUCGAUGAAGGAAAUAUCUAGAACUGGAAUUAUUUGACAUUUUAUGGUUAUUCCUGUGUAGCAGUUGUAGCUGUCCCACUUGCUUUGACAAACCAAAAUCUCUAGAUUAGAGCCGGCAUGUGUUUAUAUUCCUGUGAUGAUGUUUUUGGCCUUUAUAUAAAUCAGAAUUAGCAAAUAGGUAACGAUUGCCUUAAACUCUACCUGCUACAACUGCAUUAAGCUGUAAGCAUACUGUUCAUGAAAAAUCGAAUGCUUAGUAUUUGGUUUAAAAUGUUUGUCUGGAUUAAACAUUGUUUUUCUUUAUUUACAAAUAUGCUAAACAUAAGUGACAUUUGAUUGCAAUAUGUGCUUUAUGUAAAUAGCCCAUUGUAAAGAUGACCACUAGAUGUACUCAUAAUAUUGCAAAAAAUGUAAUCUCGCGCUUUGUGCUGUUUUCACUAAUUUUGCAUGAAGACAUUAUAAUCCAAAAAUAUGUACAGCAAGUUUACAAACAACUCUUGUCCUCAUUUAUAUGCAUAGAUUUGUUUUUUCUUUCUUUAUUGUUAUUUACUUUUUCCUAUCAUUUCAGUACGUUCCAUGAAAGGAAGUCAUACGUGUUUAACUGCUGCAGGAUCAACAUUCUUUUUAGUGUUUUUAUUGAUAUUUCCAGUUCUUUCAAUAAAAAAAGCAAAUGAAUAAAA